AUGGUAGAAGAGUCAGAAGUUGGUGAGAUAAACCGUAGUCAAGUGUGGAAGGCUGCCCGCGUCAAUAAGAGCGGGGUGAUUGAUAAUGAGAAUGUUCAAAGAGUUGUGGAUCAAUGUGAGAAGUUAACAGAAGCUCUAUCUGAAGAAGAGAGACAAGACCUUGGUCCCACAAACAUAUUAUUUGAGGCUCUUAAUCUCCCAAACUACUCUGGACGUGUUAGGACUUAUGGUUUUGGGGUAUGUUCUAGGGACAUAUUACCACGCCAAAAUCGCCCCACACAAAUGGAUUUUGAAAAAUUGUAUGGCUUUUGUAAUUCACUCAAAAGUAGAUUGGAGGUGCUAGAGAGAGAAAAGAUUGAGAGAGAUAAGUUGGAUAGAGAGAAGCUAGAGAGGCAACAAACUGAAGAAGUGGAAGAAAGGCAACAACCUAAACAAGUGUCAGAGAGGUUGCAACAACCUGAAAAAGUGGCACAGAGGCAACACCUUGAACAAGUGGUAGAAAGGAAACAACCAGAAAAAGUAGCUGAGAGUCGACUACCUAGUGAUAAAGGUUCUUGCAACCCUGGAUCAUUUGGCAACAUUCCCGAGGGUCUCUUUCCUGUUAAUAUAUAUUUAUCCUCCCCGAGUCGUUGUUUGGUUGCUCGUGGAAAACUAUAUAACACCAAAGGUAACACGGUACAUGGCAUGACGUUACCACCUGGAUAUGUCAAGGUUAAUAUCGAAGUUGCUAUUGUGCCAAAUGCCCCAUUGCCUAUAUCUGUUGAAGAUGGAGAUGUAUCCAUGGUUGGUCAAGCAAUAGGAACAAUUGUGCCAUGGCCAACGAAACUUCUUGAAUUUGUUGCUGAAUGUGAAAAGAUUCCUGGUCAAUCCCAAAACAAAGGUAACAAUAUUCAACACAGUGUUGAAUAUUCAGUUUCAUCACCCAACAAAAGUAACAAAAAAUUCAAAAUCGAAGAGUCUCCUAGAGUUGGCGGUUCAGCUGGUAUUGCAAAUUUACCUUUCCUUGAUAUGUAUGUGAAAAAGAUGAUGAGGGUUGGAUCAUUAAUUCAAAUAAAAAUGGAGGAAAGUAUAUUUGGUGAGGAGUUUUUAGAGCAACUACGUGUAGAGAGUAUAAAGGAGAUUCUUGAUCACAAUUGGUUAAGUGCAUCUAUUAUCACUGUAUUUUCCAGGUAUUUGUAUGACAAGUUUAUUAGUCCAAAUGGAUUAAUAAAUAAGUUCUCUUUCAUAUCUCCACAUGUAUCACGGGAGGAUAAUCUAGGAAAUGGUAUAGCAAAAAUACUUUUGAAAGAUGAGGAGUUCAAGGAUAAGAUGAUUCUUGCACCUUGUAAUCUAGAGAAACAUCGGGUGUUGCUUGUCAUUAAUCUCAAUGCUGAGGUGAUAUAUUACAUGGAUCCGUUGAAUGGUGAGCCAACAAAACAUCAAAAUUUUAAAACAAAGUUUGAGAACGCUUUGCAAAUUUAUCGUGCUAAUAGUAGUUCUAAAGUGCCUAAAGUGUCAAAGUCAAAGAAAAUCUCAUGGCAAAAAAUAAAGUGUCCUCGUCAAAUUAAUGGCGUUGAUUGUGGAUACUUUGUAAUGCGAUUUAUGAAAGAGGUCAUCAUGGAAAAUGAAUUUAUGAUCCCCACAAAUUACUUUUUUGACCACAAAUGUCGUACCUACUCUCAUGAUAAGUUAACUGAGGUUAAGGAGGAUUGGGCUACUUAUGUGGUGGAUGAUGUUUUCGGAAAACAAGAAGCAAUUAUUUUGCCUAAUUAG